AUGUCCCAUAAUUCGGCAGCGUCCACAAGUCCCGAGCGGCCCUACGCUCAACCGGGGCUUAUCAGCAGCAUGAAGCAGUCGCUCGCUAGCGGAGAAUUUAAGGACGUGCAGUUUAUGGUCGGCCGGCAGUUUGGAGAAGGAAAGCUCCUCUCAGCGCACAAGUACGUUCUGUGUCUGCAAAGCUCCGUGUUCCGUGCCAUGUUCUACGGUGGCUUGGCUGAAAACUGUGAGAAGCCCAUCGAUAUUGCGGAUGUUCCUUCGGAUGCCUUUGCCAAUAUGCUCAGUUUCCUGUACACUGACGCAGCAGAUGACCUAUGCGUGGAGAAUGUCAUCCAGACGUUCAUGUGCGCGGACAAAUACGAUCUGCCGCAGUUGGUGGACAUCUGCUGUGACUUUGUCAGUGCUCAUCUUAGCGUCGAAAACUGCCUGACUAUUCUGGAGAACGGAAUUCAGUGGCAUGCGGAGGAAAUUGUCAAGCGCUGCCUGCAGUUUAUCGACCGGCACGCUGAAGAUGUCCUGCGAUCGGAACAUUUUUCGACCGUUGACCAAAAGAUGCUGGUGAUGAUUUUGCAGAGAGACACGCUCUUUGUCGCCGAGCAUAGCGUCUAUUUGGCUGUGGAAAGGUGGGCGCAACAGGGUUGCAAGACGAACAACAUGGAUCCAUCCGGCGCCAAUCGGCGUCAGAUUCUAGGUGAAGCAUUUUUGCUGGUACGAUUUCCUUUAUUGACCAGCACACAACUGGCUGAUGGGCCGGCGAAGAGUGAUUUAUUACUGCAAUCCGAAGUUCAGGAGUUGCAUCAGUACAAGUUUGCCAAGAUUAAACCAGCCCUACCUUUCUCAACGGACCCUCGCCGAGUGACUGCAUUCCGCAUCAACGGCACGGUAUUCAAAUACAGAGAAAAAGUGUUCGUUCGGCGGCCCAACGCGGAUAUUUGGUAUCCGGCGGAAAUUAUGGACGCCGGAGAAACAGAGUUUUACUACACGUUGCAAAAGAUCCCUAAUGGAGCGUCAGAGAAAGGGAGCGCUCUCGGCAGACAUAUCGUGCGUGCUGCCGACCUCCUGAAGUACGGCCAAGGGAUGCUGGCCGAGAUGAACGAUAUCUAUAUGUUUGUUAGUUAUAAUCGGGCGCACUCUGAUCAGCACGUUGUUAAUUACGGUCAGCGCGAGUAUACCCUUCCCUUCGCCGAUUUAGCGGCUACAAAUGGUCAAGUAGCAAUGCUUUUUUAA